GGGACUGCCUUAUUUAAAUAGCUGGUGAGUCUUCAAGCCAUAUCUUUGCAGCAAUGAACCCAAAAGCUCUCCUUGUUCUUCUUGUACUUGCUUUGGUUACGAUUUUUGCCUUGGUGUGUGUGUUGGUGACCAGGAGGGAGAAGUCUAGUCAUUGUGGUGCUAAGUCACCUAUUUCCUUGGAUGAAAAUCAGAAGAACAAGAAUAUGAUAUUUGCUGCCCUGUCAGCAGAAGAGAUGGUACAGGUGGUGAAAUAUCUGCAACAAAGGUUGCCCUUGGUAGACGCUUCUCAUGCUCUAUUUUCUAAUAAUUUCAUUUAUUAUGUUGAUGUCAAUCUCCCCCGAAAGGAAGAGGUGCUGAAAUUUCUUGAUCAUGAUGGACCACGCCCUCCUCGACAAGCAUUGGCUGUGGUGUACUUUGGAGAUCAACCAGUACCAAAUAUCACUGAGUAUGUUGUAGGGCCACUUCCAGUGCCCACACAUCAUUGGGAUAUGACAGUACAAAAGUAUGGAAAGAAAUUAUCCUAUCAUGGCAGAACCAUAAUUCUCAGUGAGUUUGGGGAUAUUAGGACAUUCGUAGUGGAGAAGAAAUUUCUAGAGGCACCCACUUUUAUGACUCAAGUAUUUGGACAUAAUGGAAGCAAUUUUGAAGAUAUCCUCGCAGUACCUGGGGGAUUUCAGUCUGGAGAUCGCUGUUCCUGGGUUACUUUGUUUCAGAAUGUAAGUGGCUUUUUCCUGCAUCCAUUGGGACUCGAGGUGCUUGUUGACCACAGCAGCCUGAAUAUCUCUCACUGGAAAGUUCCAAAAGUAUUUUAUAAUGGCCAAUAUUUUAACAGUUUGGCAGAACUGGAAAAAGAAUUCAAAGCAAAGCGGGUGAUCGUUGCAAAAGUUAAGCCAGUUUCUUCUGAUGGGGGCUUUUCUUCACUUCAUCCAAGGACACCCCCUCUAAAACCUGGAUCCUUCUAUCAUGAGCCCUUUGAGCCACACUACAAUGUGAGAAACAACCAAGUAACUACCCCAAACUGGAGUUUUGCCUUUCGGAUGGACGUACAUAGAGGACUCCAUCUCUAUGAUAUCCGAUUUAAGGAUCAAAGAAUUGUAUACGAACUCAGUGUGCAGGAUGCCAUUUCUAUCUAUGGCUCCAAUAGUCCUAGUGGAAUGUUAACCCGAUAUAUGGAUGCAAGUUUUGGAAUGGGAAGAUUUGCAUAUUCAUUAGUUCGUGGAGUUGAUUGCCCUUACUCUGCCACUUACCUCGAUGCUGUUUAUUUAAUUGAAAACAUCAAACCAGAGGUACACAAGAACUCAAUUUGUGUCUUUAAGCAGAGUGCAGGGACCCCUUUCCGGCGUCAUUUUUCCAAUUUUCAGUCUGUCUAUUACGGGGGACUGGCUAGCUCUGCAUUAGUUACGCGUUUUAUAGUUACCGUCGGUAACUAUGACUAUGUCUGGAAUUUUAUUUUUCAUCCAAAUGGUGCCAUUGAAAGCAAAGUCCAAGCAACUGGGUACAUAAUCUCAUCUUUCCUCUAUAGUGAUGGGCUGGAUUAUGGUAAUAGAGUUGCAGAUCACACACUUGGUACAGUCCAUACUCAUGUCAUCAACUACAAAGUUGAUUUAGAUGUUGGAGGUGCAAAAAAUUCCUUGGUUACCAAUGAUAUGACUUUUGAGACAGUGAAGGCUCCCUGGAAUCCAGACCAUGAGAUUCGGAGAAUGAAACUGGUAAAAAAGGUCUUGGAUACUGAAGAUCAGGCUGCCUUCCGCCAUAAUGAUAAGAUGCCAAGAUACAUAUAUUUUGCAGCAAACAACACCAACAAGUGGGGCCAUAAGCGCGGCUACCUAAUCCAGACCAUUAGCUUUGCCGGAGAUCAUCUCCCAGAGGCAGAUCCAAUGGAAAGAGCUAUCAGUUGGGGCAGGUACAAGUUGGCUGUCACCAAGCGAAAGGAGGAAGAACCUUGCAGUACCAGCAUCUAUAAUCAGAAUGACCCAUGGACACCUACUGUUGCCUUUGCAGACUUUAUAGAUAAUGAGACCAUUGUUGAUGAGGACCUGGUUGCCUGGAUCACCACUGGAUUUCUACAUAUUCCCCAUGCUGAGGAUAUUCCUAACACUGUGACACUUGCAAAUGCAGUUGGCUUCAUUUUAAGACCUUAUAAUUAUUUUGACAAUGACCCUUCCAUUGACUCGCCUGAUAGUGUGUUCUUCACUGACAAGGAUGACUUCAACUCCUGUGAGAUUAAUCAUAUUGCUUGCCUCCCUAAAACAGCUGCUUGCAUACCCAACCUUCCACCUUUCACUUAUGAAGGUUUCCAAAAUCUGUCAAAGUUCUAAUACUGUCCAGAUUUUGAGUCAAUGCUGCUAUUUGUAUUUGAGUGAAUACAGUAAUGGAAAUAGUUGAGCAUAAAUCUGUGAGUUUAAAAUAGCAGUCUUGAGACCUUUAUUGUUGACUGUGUUUCACCUAAAUCUUAGCUCUGUUGGCAUUGUACUCAUUUGGAAAUUGUGUUUGCAACUUUUUAUGUGUAUCAGCCAAAUUCUUCUACCUUUUUUACCCAACUGCUUUUCCUAUUAUUUUUUUAUUUGAAGAUUAUAAUAAAUAUAUCUGUAAAAUAUAUUAAAUCCCCAUUCUGAAAGUAAUGGUUUGGUCUGUAUUUUUGUAAUUUGCUCUAUUAUCUGUCUGUCUGCCUGCCUGCCUGCCUGCCUACCUACCAUGGAUAUAAAAGAUCUACAUUCUCUUGUUAAAAUGCCAAGUUUUUGAGGUGUAAAAAAAUCAGACCAAGAUAAAUCAUUCAGAAUUUUUCCCACCUGUAAUAUGUCCCAUAUUCUUCACAUGUCUGGGCUGCGGGGUAGAAUGGCAAGACAGAAGCCUUUUCUUAAAAAAGAAAACAUCCAAGCCUGGCUAAAUUUUGCAAACGACUACCUCAUGUCUAACAAAAGCAUGGGAGAAACUGUGUUAUGGUCUGAUGAGAUCAAGGUUGAAUUUUUUGACCAUAAUUCCAAAAAGUAUGUUUGGUGCAAAAACAACACUGUCCAUCAUCAAAAGACACCACAGUGAAGCAUGGUGGCAGCAGCAUUAUGCUUUGAGAUUGCUUUUCUUCAGCUGGAAUUAUGGCUUUAGUCAAGGUGAAGGGAAAUAUGACCAGUUCCAAAUAUCAGUCAGUUUUGGCACAAAACCCUUAGGCUUUAGCAUAACAAAAGAAUGGCUUCAGUAGAAGAAAACCAAAGUUUUGGAAUGAAACUUUGGAAUGAAACUUGAAUCAAAUUGAAAACCUGACAGAUGAUCUGAAGAGGGGCUGUGCACAGGAGGUGCUCUCUUGGAGCGCUUUUCCAAGGAAGAGUGGGCAAAGAUUUCCAGAACAGGAUGUGCCAUGCUGAUGGGCUCCUCCCUUCACAGAUUUGGCAUAAAAUCUAAAGGUGCUUCAAUAAAGAUGCAACCAUGUUGUGGUAAGUUUUUUAUUAUUAUUUUUCUCCUAAACAAUUUUAGUUUGUUUUUCAAUUGAAUUGUACAGCUUAUGUGUUAUAUCAAAGGGAGAAAAGAAGCUGAAGUGAUUUAUCUUGGUCUGAUUUAUUUUUUUUUUACAUCUCAAAAACCUAGUAUUUUAAGAUGGGUGUAGACUUUUAUAUGUGAGUGUGUGAAUAAAAGAGAAUUUUUAAAAGAAUAAAAAUACAAAUUUCAAAAGAGAAAAUUAAGAAAAAAUAAUAAUAAGUGAAAAAAGUACCAAGAAAAGGAAAGACUUUUGAUUUUCUUAAUAGUAUUUACAAGUACAUUAUAUUUUAUUCUCUACACUUGCUCUAGGAAUCUGAUUAAAAAAAUUAAAAAUGUCAUGAAAUUAAGUUGACCAGGAUUCUUUAUCAGAAUUCAUAAUUAUUGUUGCUCUGACUAUUAUCCAUAGAUACAAGCAUGUUCUUCAGUUAGUACAGAUGAUGAUAAAUAUACUGCAUCUAGAUAGACCACGGUGUCACUGUUGAUACAUUGUUAAGAAAUCUAUAAGAAAUGUUUAUUUUAAUAAACACACAUUAUGCUAAGAUGUGGUUUGUUAACCUACAGUUAGUCUUCCAGAUGCUCAUACUAGUUGUUUUGCCAAUUUCUAACUUUUUUUCUGCCUGUUUAGCUGCUAUUGUUUUGUAUCUUGGGAUUGCUUGGAAGCUUCUAUGUGGCAAUAAAAAUCAAUGAACCAGGA